UAAAAACCCCAAAAAAAAAACAGUUUUAUCUGAACAGCUGAUUGUGUUUUUAUUUAACCGUUCGUAUCAAAAUUAAUUAAAUAAAUACCUACAUUAUUUACGAGUAAAAUCAAAAAUAUCAUUUUUGAAGUUAUAAGUCCCAUGUAGAAAAGGCUUCAAAAUGAUACUGUGUCAGGCAGUCUCCAUCCGCCGGUCUUUUUUAACCAGUGUGAAGAGUUUAGAAAGGACUAUUUCCACCCAGAAGUCAUUAUCAUUAGCAGCUUCUAACAAAUAUGACGAAAAACCAAAAGGACAGUAUGACAUUAUCAUAGCAGGUGGUGGUAUGGUUGGAUGCACCUUGGCAUGUGCAUUAGGAAAAAAUUCAGUACUUCAACAUUUGAAAAUACUGUUAUUAGAAAGCAGUCCAAAUAAAAAAUAUGAGCUUACCAAAGAAUACAGCAACAGAGUUGUUGCUCUCAACCAAAAUACAAAGACUCUGAUGAACUCUCUUGACAUUUGGGAGCAUGUGGAAAAGAUGAGGCUUCAACCUGUCCGGAAUAUGCAAGUAUGGGAUGCAUGUUCUGAUGCACUUAUAUCUUUUAGUAGUUCUGAAAUGCUAGAAGACGAUGUUGCCUACAUUGUUGAAAAUGACCUUUUGCUUCAUGCUGUCAACACAGAGUUAUCAUCACCCAGUGUGAAAAAUGUAAAUAUUGUGUACGGAGCAAAGAUAGCAGGAUAUGAACUUACAAAGCAGACUUCAAGCGGCAGUAAAGUUAAGCUGGAGAAUGGUGACACAUAUUUGUGUGACUUAUUGAUAGGUGCAGAUGGCGCAAACUCUUCAGUCCGCAAGGCGAUGGGUGUGCAGUAUGUAUCCUGGAACUACGAUCAGAUGGGUGUAGUGGCUACCCUCUAUUUAGCAGAGGAGACUGAGAACACAACUGCAUGGCAGCGUUGGCUGCCAAAGGGGCCUAUUGCUCUGCUCCCCCUGGACUCCCAGCGGAGCUCCCUGGUGUGGUCCACUUCCAACGAACACGCCAAAGAACUGCUUCGUCUACCCGAAGACCAGUUCGUUGAUUCAGUUAAUGAUGCUUUGUGGAAGCAGUACCCCCGCAGCCGCACCGUAGACGCUUCCAUGUCCUGGCUGGGUUCGUGCCUGAAGUCAGUCGGUCUGCCGGACGGCGCGGUCCGGCAACUCCCGCCGUCCGUCCGGUCCGUGGCGCCGGCGUCGCGCGCCGCCUUCCCGCUCGGAUUCGGACACAGCACCAGAUAUAUAGCGCCGGGGGUCGCCCUCGUUGGAGACGCAGCGCAUAGAGUUCACCCGCUGGCGGGACAAGGCGUCAAUCUCGGAUUCGGAGAUGUGAAAGACCUAACAGAGUUGCUAUCGGACGCUGUUUACUCCGGCUUGGAUAUUAAUCACCACAGUUGGCUGGAGAAGUACGAAAGCAUACGACAACGCCACAACGUGCCGACGCAACUAGCUGUGGACGCCUUGCAUCGCUUGUACACUGUGGACUCACCUCCCGUAGUGUUGAUAAGAAGCUUAGGACUGCAACUGACGAACGCCUUGCAGCCUGUUAAGAAACUGAUAAUGUCUCAAGCUACAACAUAAGAAGAGACUGUAAUUUUAAUUGAAGAUAUAGAUUUAAAGAUUAGCAUUGGUCCUGUGGAUAAAGUUGCGUACUUCAUUUUUUAUGUUUAACUUGUUUAAUUUUUGUUAUUUAUCAUACCAAAUUUAAUACCUUGCUAUGAAUAUGAUUAAACAAAUUGAAUACCUACAUAUAUGACACAGUAUAAAAGAAAUGCUUAAUUAAAAUAAACUUACAGGGGAAAAUUAAGUUAAAGGAAAUCGCGAAAAUGCUUAUGCACGUCACUGAUUCUAAUGAAAUAAUAUGACUUAGCAAAAUGGAAAAAGAACUUUUUUGGGUAUGUUAACGUUCCAAAGUACCUCUUAAAUCCUCACGUCUUCAGUAUUCUGUUACUAGUUAAAAUAAAAUAAGAAGUCGUAACGCAAACAUUUAUUUUCCAAACAGAUCAAUUAUGUUUAAAUCAUCACUAUCUUGCUACUUCAAUUAAUUUCAAAUACAAUGUAAUUGUGAAAAUAUACAAAUUCAUUUAUCAUCAAAUCGAGCGGUGUCAGUAAAGAAGAUAUAAGAUGUUCAGGUUGUGAUGUAAUAAUAGCAAUAAGAUCGAUACGACAAUGUUUAGCUUAAAUUAUAUAACAAUAUUAUUUGUAAAAUUUUCUAGUCUUAUUCUUAGAUAGAGAUUGUACGAAUAAAAGUUGAUAUCAACAAA